UGAGUAGGAGCAGCCUCCCUCCUCCACAGCCGAAAGUCCUACUCGCUUUGCAUGCAUGCAUGCAUGCAUGCAUGCGUGCACAACCCCCCCCCCCCCCCCACCACCACCACCACCCACCCUCACCCCUUCUCCCCUCCUCUUGCAACCUCAACUCACUUUUUAAGCCAGCCUGAGUCAAGAUUAUAACGGCUUGGAAAUAGAGAGCCCCGUUGCAGGAGAGUGCAUUGCUUUUUUUGUUGUUGUUUUUUUAAAUUGCUGUUUUUUUGGUUUUUUUUCCAAUUCGAGCAACUGGGUUGCUUCCAUGCGCAGCCGAGAGGAUGAACGAGGAGCCAGCCAGGAGAUGAGCGCAGGAGCACGCACCGGGCCGGUGCUUCGUGGAGCGGACAUCGGCUUUUUGGACACGCAUCCCGCACACUUGGACCGGAGCUGACCACCACGAACGCAGAUGGAUGGGCUGAGGCAAGUUUCCGAUGUAGAGCUUCCACUCUGGAGUUCCACCUGAGGGUCUGAUGGAUCGCCGUGUUUUGGCUGAGCUGCGGACAUGAAUCGUGAGGUCUGCACCACGACGUGGAUGUGCUCGCCUCUGGGAGAAAUCUGAGCAUCCGUGAUACACACAGACCUUUUUUUUCCCAAGCCAGCGAGGGGACGCAAACCAUGGAGUUGUUAUGGUUUGGCUUCGGACUGAGCGCCUGUUUUUAGUCCGACUGUAGCACCCUCUUCCCUUUCCUCCUCCUCCUUCUCCAUCCAGUCCCCCAGUCCCGUAACCAGCCACCCCCUCCCCCAUGUCACAUCUUUCCCAGAAUUAUGGAAAUUUUGUGGAAGACGCUGACUUGGACAUUGAGCCUGAUGGUCGUGGCCGCUUCUGAAUUUCAGAGCCUCGAUCGACUUUCACACAACUCUCAAGAGGAGUUCCUGUCCUACCUGCAGCACUACCAGCUGACUGUCCCUGUGCGAGUUGAUGAGAAGGGAGAGUUUCUGAGCUACACUGUGAAGCACCACCGACCCGGCCGACGGAGACGUGGGGCGGCUAACCCCUUGGCGGGCCCGUACCUGGAGCCGCCCGAGUCCCAGCUUUUCUACAGACUCUCUGCCUACGGGAAGCAUUUCCAUUUAAACCUGACUCUCACCCCUCACCUGGUUUCCAAGCACUUCACGGUGGAGUACUGGGGCAGCGACGGCAUGGAGUGGCGCCACAAUCUGGUGGAUAACUGCCACUAUGUGGGAUUCUUGCAGAACCGGCGGAACGCCACUCUGGUGGCGCUCAGCAACUGCAACGGCCUGCACGGCGUCAUCACGACAGAGGAAGAGCAGUAUUUAAUCGAGCCAUUAAAGAACAUAUCCUCCCCCACCAGCGACUGGAACCUGGAGGAAGCACAGCAACACGUUAUUUAUAAAAUGUCCGCCAUGCCCUCGUCGCAGGAACAGAGCCAGGAGUUGAGUUGCGGCAUUUCAGACCUGGUCAAAAACAGUGCUCCCUCCCCAGUCCGAGCGUCCGCCACCCCCCAAUGUGAAGACACGGGCCGCAAUGACUCCCACCGAACGCGGCGCUCCGUCAGCACCGAGCGUUUCGUGGAGACACUGGUGGUGGCUGACAAGAUGAUGGUCGGCUACCACGGCCGCAAAGACAUUGAGCACUACAUCCUGUCCGUCAUGAAUAUUGUUGCCAAACUUUACCGUGAUGCCAGUCUAGGAAAUGUUGUGAACAUUAUUGUGACGCGGCUCAUCGUUCUGACCGAAGAUCAGCCCAACCUGGAGAUCAACCAUCAUGCUGAUAAGUCCUUGGACAGCUUCUGCAAAUGGCAAAAGUCCAUCCUGUCCCACCACAGCGACGGCGGCAACAGCAUUCCGGAGAACGGGAUGGCCCACCACGACAAUGCUGUGCUCAUCACACGGUAUGACAUCUGCACCUACAAGAACAAACCCUGUGGAACAUUAGGCUUGGCCUCUGUGGCGGGAAUGUGCGAGCCAGAGCGGAGCUGCAGCAUCAACGAAGACAUCGGCCUUGGCUCAGCUUUCACCAUCGCGCACGAGAUCGGCCACAACUUCGGCAUGAACCACGACGGCAUCGGCAACUCGUGCGGCACCAAAGGCCACGAGACGGCCAAGCUGAUGGCGGCGCACAUCACGGCCAACACCAACCCCUUCUCCUGGUCGGCCUGCAGCAAAGACUACAUCACCAGCUUUCUCGACUCAGGUCGGGGGACGUGUCUGGACAAUGAACCUCUGAAACGAGACUUCCUGUACCCAACAGUGGCUCCGGGGCAGGUGUACGACGCCGAUGAGCAGUGCCGCUUCCAGUAUGGGGCGUCCUCGCGCCAGUGCAAGUAUGGGGAAGUGUGUAGAGAGCUCUGGUGCCUUAGCAAAAGCAACCGCUGUGUUACAAACAGUAUUCCUGCCGCCGAGGGAACGCUGUGCCAGACGGGGAGCAUCGAGAAAGGGUGGUGCUACCAGGGCGAGUGCGUGGUGUUCGGGACCUGGCCACAGAGCGAGGAUGGAGGCUGGGGUCCCUGGUCCACGUGGGGGGAGUGCAGCAGAACCUGUGGCGGCGGCGUCUCCUCGUCCGUGAGGCACUGUGACAGCCCAGCGCCUUCCGGAGGAGGGAAGUACUGCCUCGGGGAGAGGAAGCGCUACAGAUCCUGCAACACUGCCGCCUGUCCUCCGGGAUCCCGCGAUUUCCGGGAGAACCAGUGUGGCGACUUUGACAGCAUGCCUUUCCGCGGGAAGUACUACAACUGGAAGCCUUACACCGGCGGUGGCGUCAAGCCGUGCGCCCUCAACUGCCUGGCAGAGGGAUACAACUUCUACACCGAACGCUCUCCGGCCGUCAUCGAUGGCACGCGGUGCCAGGCCGACUCUUUGGACAUAUGCAUCAACGGCGAGUGUAAGCACGUGGGCUGUGACAACGUGCUGGCGUCAGACGCCCAUGAGGAUCGAUGUCGAGUGUGCGGCGGCGGCGGCAGCACCUGCGAGGCCACCGAGGGACUCUUCAACGAUUCGCUGCCCCGAGGAGGCUACAUGGAGGUGGUCCAUAUCCCCAAAGGUUCCGUUCACAUUGAGAUUCGAGAGGUCACCGUAUCGAAAAACUACAUCGCUUUGAAAUCCGAGGGGGACGAUUAUUACAUCAACGGCGCGUGGACCAUCGACUGGCCGAGGAAGUUCGACAUUGCUGGCACCGCCUUCCACUACAAGAGGCCCACCGACGUACCAGAGACUUUGGAGGCCCUAGGAGCCACCACCGAGAACCUGAUUGUCAUGAUCCUCCUCCAGGAGCAGAACCAGGGCAUCCGCUACAAGUUCAACGUGCCCAUCCAGCGCACGGGUAGUGGUGACAACGAGGUGGGCUUCUCCUGGUACCACCUGUCUUGGUCUGACUGCUCGGCAACGUGUGCCGGAGGCUCCCAGAAGCAGGAGGUGGUGUGCAAGCGCCUGGACGACAACUCGGUGGUCCAAAACAGCUACUGCGACCCGGACGGCAAGCCCCCCGAAAACCAGCGGGACUGCAACAUCGAGCCGUGUCCACCAGAGUGGUUUAUCGGGGACUGGUCCGAAUGCGGUAAGAGCUGCGACGGCGGCAUCCGGACCAGGACGGUCCUGUGCAUCAGGAAGAUCGGGCCGGCCGAGGAGGAGACCCUGGAGGACACCCACUGUCUUACCCACAGACCCAUCGAGCAAGAGGCCUGCAACAACCAGUCCUGCCCGCCCAAGUGGGUCACUCUGGACUGGUCCGAGUGUACGCCCAAAUGCGGGCCCGGCUUCAAGCACCGCAUCGCCUUGUGCAAGAGCAGCGACCUGACCAAAACCUUCCCACCCGCCCAUUGCCCGAGCCACAACAAGCCGCCGGUUCGGAUCCGCUGCAGCCUCGGCCGCUGUCCUCCUCCGCGCUGGAUCCCCGGCGAAUGGGGGCAGUGCUCGGCGCAGUGCGGCUUGGGCCAGCAGAUGCGGACGGUGCAGUGCCUGUCCUACACCGGGCAGCCGUCCGACGAGUGCGCCGAGACCCACCGGCCCGCCACCAUGCAGCAGUGCGAGAGCAAGUGCGACGCCACGCCCGUCUCCAACGGCGACGAGUGCAAGGACGUCAACAAAGUGGCCUACUGCCCACUGGUGCUCAAGUUCAAGUUCUGCAGUCGGGCCUACUUCCGCCAGAUGUGCUGCAAGACCUGUCAGGGCCACUGAGGCCCACACAAAGACGGGAUGCCCGCGGGCCAGGAAAGGAGCACCGCCGACCAUUCCGGAGCGCCCGGAUUGGGAAGGCGACCCUUCGCGGCUGGCCGAAGAGCCAAACCACUGCUCAGCAGUCACGCUGACACAAAAACUGUUCACUUCUGUGAAGUGGAGCUCGGAGGAGGAUCGGUUGGUGAUGUUAUUUUAUUAUAAUAAUAAUUCCUGGUGCCAUUGUUGCGUCUUCCUCCGAGUUGCUGUUCGAUCCUAAGUACUGGACACGUGAAUGACAGAGGACGAACGUACGGACGGGCGAGAAACGCUGUCACCGGGCGGACUUUUGGCUUGGCUGCACUGUUUUUAUGUAAAUACUUAACCGCCAAGGAGAUACGACAGAGCAGAGCAAGCCCCGCCCCUCCCGUUCAUCAACGUACUGUGUAUUUAUUAUACAAGAGUCACAUUGUAGCCUACUGUCUUGGAAGCAAAUGUAAUGUGAUUGGAUGAAACGCUGACAUACUGUAACGCGGUGUUUCCCAACCUUUAUUGAGCCAAGGCAUAUAUUUUACAUAAAAUUAUUAUGAUGAUGAUUAUUAUUAUUAUUAUUAUUUUUUUUUUUAAAUCUCACGGCACACCCACUAAAGAAAGAAAUGUCACAAAACGUAUACAUACUGAAGUGGGCUUGCAAAGGGGUAGAACGUUUGUGUUACAGUUUACAGUUAAGAUGGGGAAUUUGGGGAAUAUUCCAAAUUGGAAACUUUCCAUGGGAAUUAAUUGGGAAUUGAGUGUAAUUUCAUGGAACGGUAUCAAAUUCAAGCAUUGAUGAGCAGACAUGCAUGCAAAAUAGAAAGCUCUCCUUGCCAACGUGCAUUACAGGACUCGUUCACUGCCAGCAGUUUUUGGACAGAAUAUUGUGUUCUGUGACAAUAUAAAACACUAAAUCGGUAGAAAAAGUCGACUCUUCUUUCACCACGAAAAACAAAAAAAGGUGUUCUACCUUUUUUUCGUUGAUUAGGAAGCAGCUUAAGAACAUGGCUUGGCCUAACCAAAAACACCCGUUUCUGAUCAAUGAUGAUGCAACGGCACCAUCUACAGUGAUCUGUCAGUCCUUAAACCUGAAUUUCACGGACAGACAACCUGGGCAAGACCCUCUUCCACGCCUGAAAAAUGUAUUUGACGAAUAUAUACCUUGAUGGCAGUCAACAGUUGGAUUCCAGUUGAUGAAUAUAAAUGUCCAGUGAAUGUAAUUAUUGGUUUCUUCCCAUGAAUUUCCAUUCAUCACCACUGUUUCCAGGUAUUAAAAUGAUUGGAAUUUUGUAACUCUAUUGAAUUAAUAAUGAUCUUGUCUCAAUUUAUUUACUCAGUGGGCCUGUUCAGUGAAACACAGCAAAUAUUCUGUUGUAUGAAUGGAAAUAAGUGGAUACACAAGUUAAUUGUACCUUCACCCAUCUUGUGGAAGAGCAAUUAUUGGUUCUGCCAUAGAUAGAUGAACAAAAUACAUUAUUUCUCAUAAAUCAUUAUUUUCGGACCAUUUAGGUGAAAUUGGAUCAUUUCCAGUGGUUGGGAAUCAUUGCAGUAACAUAAUGUUGCAUUUGUAUCCUGCCAGGACGUCAAUAUCGUGUAUAUUCCGCAAUAGAAACCAUCACAAGGCUGUAGCGGGAAUUCAACUCUCUGAAUUAAUGGUCCUUGUGCCCCUUAAAGACGCCGUCAAAUUUAGUGGCGAUUUUCAUCUUUCUUAAAUUCCUCCAGCCAAUGAGAACAAAAAUGCCCAAAGUCAAUAUGGUGCUUGUGGUGCUAAUCAUGGUAAAUGCUGGUCGUGUUCUUGUCAUCUUAUUUGUACCUCACACUGGGAAUGUAUUUGAUAUAGUAUUGUAUUGUACAAGGAAGAAAAAACAAAAAAAAAGCAUCCCGUCACCCACAAGCCAUCAUUGUUGGCUCAGGAAAGGGAAACUUCAUAUCAGAUUCUUUUGUUUUUGUUUUGCUGUUGUUGUUGCUGCUGUUGCUACUUUUUGGUAGCCAACGUCAACGUCGUUCCUAGAAGGAGGCCGUCGGGAGACGGCGAAAAGGACAGCGGGAGAGCGUUUGGAUUCAAAAUGCUUGGACUUAUUAAAAAAAAAAAAAAAAAAAAAAAAAAAAAAUCAAAUUAAGCUGGUACUCGUUGCUGUGAACUUUUUGAAUGUCACGUUGCUUACGUACAAAAAAAAAGAGACUGAAAAGCAUCGUGAUGAGCAUCGUAUAUUUUAUAUUCAGUAUUAAUGUUGCUACACUGUUACUAAUUUCCCCCCCCCCCCCAAAAAAAAAUGUAAAUUAUAUGCUAAUUUAUUGUGUUGUCUCACAUGUACAUUUAUUUUCACUACAUGCAAAAUUGACAUUUUAGCAUCGUGGGGGAAAAAAAUGCAGUGACGCAGCCCCUCACUCACAUUUUUAAAAACAAAAAGUUAGACAAUAA